GCCGGGCUGAGCCCCGCAGAGCCGCCCGCUGGACUCGGCCAAGGGCGCUGCCUCAGCCCUGCCGGUGUAUCGGCCCGGCCCGGCCCGGGCGCGGUGACCGGGGGGCUCGGGGACCCAUCGCGGGGAGUAGGCGGAUUUACACCGGGCUCUGGAUUCCCUUUGCGGGGGGAACCUGGAUGUGAUUUGUUCUUCUUCGGACCGACCGGCGGGCGGCCGGAGAGAGACCAGCCGGCGGGACUGAGCCGCUGGGCGCCCCCCACCCAGGGGGCAGAGAGCUGGGGAACCGGCCUGCCCACUCCGGAUCACUGCGGUGCCAGCGCCUCCACCUCUGCCAAGCAACAACCUUCUGAACAACUAAUUUUAUGAACCAUUUUUCCCAGAGGGGGAAAAACAUAACAAAAGGGAUACCAAUGAAGAACAAGUUGACAUCCCUUCACAUUUCAAUGCCUUCAGUGAAUGGGAUUAAGAACUUCAAAUUGCACUUCAAGUAAAUAAAAGGAAGAAAAAAGCAAGGAAGAAAAACAGAUGGAUGGCCACCUCAGGGCCUGCGUGGUGCUGCAUUGUGAAUCUGAAUGGAGAAUGCAUUACUUCAAGGACUCCAUACUCAAAUGAACCACUAAUGAAAGAGCAUUGGAGUCCUGAAAAGAAGCAGAGACUGGAACAAGUUUAACAGUCAACUUGAAGGUCAAUUUAAAUUUUUGCAGGGAUUCUACUGAAAAAAGGAGGCUCUGUCACCAGGCCCUGUAAAGGUUUGCUAUCUUUCUUACAAUGGAAAGGCUGGUUAUCUAUCUAUUGGUUAUUAGCACUGCUGUGAAGGCUAUGAUGUGUCCAAAACGGUGUAUGUGUCAAAACCUAUCUCCAUCCUUCACCAUCCUCUGUACGAAGACUGGGCUUCUCUUUGUGCCCCCCAGCAUUGACAGGAGAACAGCAGAACUAAGAUUAAUGGAUAACUUCAUCACCACACUUAGAAGAAAGGAUUUUGCAAACAUGACAAACCUUAUUCACUUGACACUAUCAAGAAAUACAAUAAGUCAAAUCAUGCCUUAUGCAUUUUUUGAUCUUAAAGGCCUUCAUGCAUUACAUUUGGAUAGUAACAGACUGACUUCUAUCAAUGAGGAUCAUUUCAAAGGUUUAAUUAAUCUUCGCCACUUAAUACUCAGUAACAAUCAAUUGAACUAUAUUUCUCCUGGAUCUUUAGAUGACUUUAUUGAAACACUUGAGGACCUGGAUCUAUCAUAUAAUAAUCUUGUUAAUAUUCCUUGGGAUACAAUUGGAAAGCUUUCUAAUGUCAAUACAGUCAGUUUGGAUCACAACCUCAUUGAGUUUGUUCCAGAAGGAAUCUUCUCAAACCUUCACAAACUUGCUCGAUUGGACAUGACAUCCAACAAAUUGAAAAAAAUUCCCCCUGAUCCCCUGUUCUCUAGGAUCCCUGUGUAUGCUAAAUCUAAAGGGUCUCCAUUGUCCUCUCUGGUGCUUAGCUUUGGAGGGAAUCCUCUACACUGCAACUGUGAAUUAGUGUGGCUGAGACGCCUUACCAGAGAAGAUGAUCUAGAAACAUGUGCCUCACCACCAGAAUUGAUGGCCAAGUACUUUUGGUCCAUUAAAGAGCAGGAGUUUGUCUGUGAACCUCCAAUGAUAACACAUCGAACGCCAAAACUGGUGGUUAUGGAGGGCCAGAGUGUCUCUUUGAAGUGCAAAGCGGUCGGUGACCCGGAUCCCUAUGUUCGCUGGAUCUCCCCCGAAGGGAAGUUGGUCUCCAAUACGUCUAGGACAAUUUCCUAUGAGAAUGGAACUUUGGAUAUUUUGACUACUUCUUUGACAGAAAAAGGUACAUUUACCUGUAUAGCAUCGAAUGCUGCAGGAGAGUCUACAGCUUCUGUUGAACUUGUUGUUAAUCCUUAUCCUCAUCUUGCUAACAGUACCAACUGUGAUAAAGAUGCUGAGUCUGGGCCUUCAGACAUUCUUAUAUCUGCUAAGUCAAGUUUCCCUAAUGAAACUAAAGCUCAGCAAGAGAAGAAGGUUGUGGUUGCUGAGCUGACCUCAUCCUCUGCUCUCAUACAGUGGCCUUCCCAGCAUCAUAUCCCUGGAAUACGAAUGUACCAGAUUCAGUAUAACAGCUCUUCUGAUGAUAUACUAGUUUACAGGAUGAUCCCGGCCAUUAGCAAAUCCUUCUUCCUGACUGAUCUGGUUGCAGGACGUGAGUAUGACCUUUGUGUUCUCGCUGUUUAUGAUGAUGGAUUGACAUCUCUAACUGCAACCAGGGUGAUUGGGUGUGUGCAGUUCACCACACAAGAAGAAUAUAAGCAGUGCCGCUCUCUUCAUGCCCAGUUUCUUGGAGGAACCAUGAUCAUCAUUAUUGGUGGAAUAAUUGUGGCUUCUGUUCUUGUUUUCAUCUUCAUUCUUCUCAUGAAGUAUAAAGUCUACAACAAUCACCACAAAAAUAAAAAUACUAAAGUUAAUAAUGUCUGCUCUCAGACCAAUGGUAGUCAGAGUGGGUCAAUGGCUCAUUCUGCUUCCAAACUCACAGAGAGACGGGAAAGUUUGCAUCAGGAAUGCUCAGGAACUUCCAUCAAAGGCAAAACUGUUGUAGAUUUGGAUUGUGAAAGUGUGACUCUUACUGACGCAACCUUUUUAACAACUGAAGCGUUAUCUCAAUAGCAAUGUGACAAAGCAGGACACGCCACACGAGCCAAGGUGGUAUCGCUUAAAACAUUUUAAUGCGAGUGGUUGUAUUUUAAGCUUCACUACUAUUGUCUAUUUUUAAGAUCAGAUGGUUUAAAAAAUAUUUUUUUAAUCUGUAAAACAGUUCCUGCAUUCUUAACUAUUUUUGUUUCAAUAUAUUAAAUAUAAAGUGUGUGAUUUACAAGA